AGGAGAAAAACAACCAGAACAAGAAAAAAAAGAAAAAGAAAAAGAAUCAGAACAAAAAGUGGAGAAGACCCCCACCCCUUCAGAGAAAAACAGUUAUAUAAUGGUCAACAUACGCUAUAAGUAUCCCCGCCAAGGAUGUUUYAUGGCGAGGUGUACCCGCCGCAGGCGUCGUUAUUAUAAGAUGAAAAGAUCUCUAAAUAUAGAACCAGAAUUCAGCUACUAUGACUGAUUGCAUGAGGUAUGUGCAGAUUAAUGAUAAAGCUAAAGACGUGUACUAAAUAAAAUUAAAUAGCCAUUAAAACAUAUAUCCUGAAUAAAAUAAAUGAAAGCAAUCAAAACAGCCUUUAUUACUUAAUUAAACUUUUGUUCAAGUCCGUCUAACCAGACAGACAGACAAAAACCCACUAGGGGGUGGGGGAGUGUAAGUCCAUGUCACGAGAUUUCUCAGAAACCGAGGAAGCCAAAUAGCAUAAUAUUACUGAAGUCCAGUCGAGUAGAAGCACAAAAGUGAGUAAGUUUACUGACAGUGCUUUUUGGUCGCUUAAUCAUGAAGAAAAUAAGGACUUUUCUUUCUGAAUCACUGAAGAACGAAUGUACAGAAAGCAAAGAGCAAGAACAUAGUAAUAAGAUUCCUUCAAGCCAUACAAGCCUUCAAGCAACCCUCAUGACAGCCAAGUUGAAUACAUUUAUAGUGGAAGCUUUGAGUAACUACACACACAAGUCCUUUAUUACUUUCUUCACUGUUGGCCUGAUAUUUCUCAUCUGCAUUAUCAUAGAGUUUGGUCGUCAGAUUUGGACUACUAGUACCUCGACCAAACCAGAGGCCAUACUAGUCUACUACCUUGGAUUAGUUUUGGCUGUCUGCAUAUUUUCCCUCACUUUCUUCCUUCUGUUUGUUUUCUGGGAAGUACUUCAACACGCUAUAGACAGAACAACCUGGGGCUAUAACUGUCUGAGAGUGUUAUUCUUCAUUGUUGAUGUCAUUACAGCAGUUAAAUGGUAUUCUGCCGCUAUUCAAGCCAGAUCUGAUGGAAUCCAAUACAUUAUAAUGGCUUCAUACAUCAAAGCUGGUUCUUUAGCUCUCUUAGGGUUCUUGUUUCUAAUGUGGUGCAUGUAUAGGCAGUGUAAAAACAAGACAUUUCAAAGUCUUCUGAAACUCAAACUCAGUUUCCUYAUAUUUUUGUCAAUCCAUAUAACAUUACUUGUGGCCUUCAAACAUCAAGGCAUAUCAUGGCAAACUACUGCUCUAGUCUGCUGCUUGUUCUACCUCAGUCUUGCUCUCUGUGUAAUGGUAUUCUCCCAAUGCAGUGAAGAGAUUUCUGGUUUAGUCAUACAAAUUAAGAUUACAGACCUUUUGAUAGUUCUCUACGUCAUCAUAAUAUCUUUGUUCUUGGCAGUGCACUACGAUAUGGACUGCGACAAUCACUGUGGUGAGCAUACACUUCCAUCAACACAGAUAAAAAUAAACCAGAACCUUGAUGAUUUAGACAUAACCAAGGUGGUUGUCAGGGAGUUCACCGAGUUUAAAGAAUUGACUCACAAGAUCAAUCAAACCAGAAAGGAUUAUAAUCUUGAGAACUGCGACAAUCGCUGUGGUGAGCAUACACUUCCAUCAACACAGAUAAAAAUAAACCAGAACCUUGAUGAUUUAGACAUAACCAAGGUGGUUGUCGGGGAGUUCACCGAGUUUAAAGAAUUGACUCACAAGAUCAAUCAAACCAGAAAGGAUUAUAAUCUUGAGAACUGCGACAAUCAUUGUGGUGAGCAUACACUUCCAUCAACACGGAUAAAAAUAAACCAGAACCUUGAUGAUUUAGACAUAACCAAGGUGGUUGUCAGGGAGUUCACCGAGUUUAAAGAAUUGACUUGCAAGAUCAAUUGAACCAGAAAGGAUUAUAAUCUUGAGAACUGCGACAAUCAUUGUGGUGAGCAUACACUUCCAUCAACACAGAUAAAAAUAUAUCAGAACCUUGAUGAUUUAGACAUAACCAAGGUGGUUGUCAGAAGUUCACCGAGUUUGAAGAAUUGACUCGCAAGAUCAAUUGAACCAGAAAGGAUUAUAAUCUUGAGAAAGAUGGCAUGUUUAGCUGUUUGACCAAAAUCCAAAGCAGGCUUCCAUACUUUUCAAUGAUAACAAACUAACUGCUGUAUCUCACUGCCUCAAUGCAUGUUCUGAACUUUAUUGUAAAACUAGUAGUAGAUAAGGAAACAAAAAACGAACAAAAACUCUGGCCAACGAAAUAUUCUUCAAUCAUGUUGUUAGAAAUAUAGAGUAUUCAAACUAUUUGCAUGGAAGCAUAAUUAAGAGGUCAUAUUCUACCUGACAAACUGCCUAGCAUAUAUCAGUUCAACUCUAUUGCCUUCAACAAAUUGCUGCAUUUGGUUUAGUUUUUAUACAUUUAUUUUAUUGACCCAAAUUCCUAAACUUGAAAAAAUUGUUUGAAGGCAAAAGAGUGCACUAGGGAUUUGGCAGAGAAAUGGUACAUUGCUCCCUUUAAUUGAGACCUCGCUACGCCCCUGAUAGAGAGUAACUGAUAUCCCCCAUUAAAUGUUUUUCACUUGAUGCAAUGGUGGAUUUAGGGCGAGGUCAUAACAUGGUGCAACCCCUCUCCCCUCCUCUAGCCUCCUACACAGCCAUCCUUAUGGUCUGACACAACUUUUCCCUCUCCAUGUGACYGACUGUUUCUAUUAUCAUAUAUGUUGACUCAACCUUUCCAACAACCUGUUUACAUCUUCUAUUUGCAAAAGUUUUUAUGUUGGACAAAUGGAAAUAGAAUUUGAUUCAAGAUUUGAAGAUAUAAAACUGUGUCAUACAACAUACA